AUGGAUGAAGCCCCUAAUAGUAGCAGUAGUACAUACAACGUCAUUUUUACCAUAAACCGUCACAGCAUCCCCGACCAGGGGAGACUCCAGUACAUGUACUGCGAUCCAUUUUGUAUACGCUUCGUACAGAAAAAAGACAGAGUAGUGUCUAGUGCCUGUCCAUAUAUCCUCCUUCCUCUUCCUUCAGACGGUGCUUUGUUUUCGGUUGCUUUUGAAAUAUCCUAUUCAUGGGAGAAUGUGAAGUUUUGGUGCCAUCCCUUUCUGUUGGUUGCCUUUAGAUCUUCACAUAAUUGCUUGACGACGAGAGAGAGCACGCUGGUUAGCAUUCAUGCUGUGGGCAUGGCUGUCGACAAGCGUGCUUUCUGUCGUCGUCAUACAAUAUGCUCAAAGGAAGGUUUAUUUUGAUCCAUUUAUAGUUAUUGGCACAUGAUUCAGCUGAUGUUUCUAACAUAUUGCUGUAGCUGGAGCCCAGGUUUUGAUUUCCUUCUGAUUCAGACUUUUGUGUUACUUUUAAUGGACUAUAUUAGUCAACACUCCAUGGUGUGCUGAUGUUAGAACACAUUACAAAUUCACGUAUAUCUUCUUUCUGAUGCUUACUUUGGUAUAUGACCACUGGUAUCUUGCAAUAAAAUGUUUUCAGUUCCUUCA